ACGGCAGCCCCGCAGUCAGCGGUGCGGCGCGACGCGAUUAGUCUGCGCCGGUACGCUUCUCCACGCCUCGACGGAUGCCGCGGCCCGCUCCCCCCGCACGUCAAACUAACUAAUUGAUUUAUACCCUCAAACAUUAGUAAGCGAACUUACACCAACUUUAUGUGCGACGCAAUCGACAGUGCUGUGAACUUUUUGUAAUCGAACAACUCAAAAGUUAUGACUUUAAAGUGUGUUUAGGACUGUCAAACUUUAUUUUCUCCAUGUUUUAUGUAAUGUUCGGGCCAGAAGACCAGCAAUAUGUCAUGGUGAAAUGACACUGGAUGAAUGAUGUAAUCUGGCUCCAAGAGGCGGUCGUAAUGGGGUACACAGCGAGCGGGGUGAAAUCCGCGUUAUGGCUAUCUCUUCUGCAUGGCUUCCUUUUCCUCAUCGCGGAUUCCGGUACCGAAUCUCCUCAAGACCACACUACAAUGGACAUCUCUUCACGUCACUUCAGAGCAGAAUUCCUCCAGGAAUGGCAGGGAUCGCCAGAUGCUCCAUACUUCGAUCCCAGUACACCUAGAAAUAUAACCGGCCUGGUUGGACACCCUGUGAGACUUCUAUGCAGAGUCAAGAACUUGCAAAAUAGAACUGUAUCAUGGGUCCGUCACCGCGACAUCCACCUGCUGACGGUAGGGCGCUACACGUACACGUCGGACCAGCGCUUCGAGGCGCAGCACAAGCCGCGCUCCGAGGAGUGGGCGCUGCGCAUCCGCAGCCCGCAGCGCCGCGACUCCGGCCAGUACGAGUGCCAGAUAUCCACCACGCCGCCUAUAGGACAUGCUGUCUUUCUAAAUAUUGUAGAACCAGAAACCAUUAUAUCCAGUGGGCCAGAACUUUUCCUCCAAGCUGGCUCCACCAUCAACUUGACUUGCACUGUACGACACACUCCUGAGCCACCCAGCUCCAUCACAUGGACUCACGGAGAGCAGGUGAUAAACUUCGAUUCUGCUCGAGGUGGUAUAUCGCUGGUCACUGAAAAGGGUUUGAAGAGUACCAGUCGACUGUUGGUACAGCGAGCGACCGGCUCUGAUGCAGGUGUCUACACUUGUGGGCCCAAUAACGCUCCCCCGGCAGCCACCAGAGUUCAUGUACUAUCUGGUGAACAUCCGGCAGCCAUGCAGCAAGGAUGUGCAAAAUCUAAAUUAGAUAUAACAAUCUCAAUAUUAUGUUGUUUGAUAACACUUUACAUACUAAGAAAACCUACGAUUAGCAACCUUCAGUUCGGCACUUGAGUGUGCAAACACAAUUUUAAUCGAAUUGAUGGAGCAAAUCAAUAUUUCGUAUUGUAAUUUUAUUGGUUGAGAACAAAGCAAGCGUGAUUUCAUUGGAAAAAGAGACAAGGAAAACCGUACUCUUUGGUGCUUUAAAACAACUUUCUUUAAAAGCUUCAGCGACUUGAGAAUAGAUAAAUUUACUGUUUUCACGGUCUUUAAAAUCCUAUCUGUUUUUUAUCAAGUUGCUGUGUCUAUUGGUUUUAUUUGGGUGAUUUAACUAAAUCAAUAGAACCCUAACUCAUCCAGAGUUUAUUAUUGCCUUCUUAACGGUUUGAAGAUUGAAGUAUACAAAUACUCAAAAUUAAGAAUCUGAAUGAUACUAUUUAUUUUCUGUCGAAUUUGUAAAUAUUUAUGUAAAGCUUUGUACAUAAUACAAUACUGUAAUGUUAAAUAUCAUAUAUCCUGAAAGCUGUUCUGACUGUAUCAUUACGAGAAUAUAAAUAAAAUUGUAAUCCAAAAAAUGAGGCAUCGAGGGACGAUGUACAAGAACAUAAACAUUAACAAAACCUUAUUAUGUAUGAUAAUGGACAGACAGCAAAACCCUUCUAUCUCUAUACAUAUUUAGGUUAGCUCUAGACAAUUUAAUUGACCAGAUAAAAUGGCGAAUUUAAAUUACGAUUAUUACCACACUCAAGUUUUAAGGGAUGAUAUUUUUACAUAAAGAUAAGGUUCACAUGCGAGCGUAUGGCCGGUUUGCUAGUACGUAGUUACCAUCCCAUAGUGAUCCUCGGCUUUAAUGGAGGUCACGGAUGCUUAUGAAGGUUCCUCGGACUAUAUUGCACACUUUGAGAAAACAUCAGACCGGAUCGACGGUGAAAUGACGUACCCAGAA